AUGGCAGUCCUGCGCCAGCAGUCCCCCUCACAGGGUGGCCUUACUUUGCAAGGGCACGUGUAUUUGGACUGCGGGUGCAGGAGCCUCAUCGUUUCCUCCAGCCUUGUCCGCCAGGGUGAGCAGGGCUGGUGGGUGGGUGUUUUCCACCAGAGCCACGGCGCCAAGGCCUGGAACGCCACCGCCGUCUGCAUCUUUGGGAUGGAGGAGGUGAAGAAGGAAGCCUGUGGGGCCACGCACUUCGUCAGGAACGGGGAGAGCUCUGAGGCAAAAUCCAUCAAGAAAUUACCUACCUUGAUUCACUCUGGAUUAAUGGCUGUUUAUGGCACAGUUGUUUUGAAUCAGAUAGUUCUCUUUUUGGGAACAGAUGAUGGACAGUUACUGAAGGCUAUUCUUAAUGAGGAUAUGGAAUCUAAUUGCCCAGAGGUUUUAUAUGAAAUUAAGGAAGAAACCUCCAUUUUCCCCAAACUUCGACUUGAUCCAGUAGAUAACAACUACAUCUAUCUGUCCUCUGCCAAUAAGGUGAGAAGAAUACCAGUUGCAAACUGUGGUAGAUACGUUUCUGAGCAAGAAUGCUUAUCUGCAAAGGAUCCCUACUGUGGGUGGUGUUCUUUGAAUCAAAGGUGCACAUUAAAAGAAAAUUGUACAAGUUCAAACAGCAUAAAGGGUUGGUAUAACAUUUCACAUGCACCUGAUAAAGAUCUGAAAGUCGUGCUAAGAUUCCCUGCCAAAAAUCAGGUUGCUGUGGCUGCAAGCAUAAGCAAAAUCCUUACUUCCUGUAUGAUAAAAAUUGUAAAACCUGUUGAAGUAUUUUAUGAAAAUGUAGUGCUGAAAAACUCAUCCUGUUUCUGCAAUCUAACUGCUCCGGUGAUAACUGAUAAUGCUGCUCACGAUGUAUACGCAAGGGAUAGUUGUAAUGCACCUGCUUCCAAGGGGAUCGCCACUGCGCAGAAAACAGAGCAUAUCAGCAUUCACUCCAUUGAACCUUUGUGGAUUUCUACAUUAGGCAAAAGUGAAAUAACAGUCAAAGGAGAAAACUUUACACAUGCAUCAGGCAUAAAACUGAUACUGACUGGAAUUACUGGCUGUAAACCAGACAUCAUUAAAGUUAGAAAUGUGCUAAACGAUACACAAAUGACAUUUGCUCUCCCACCAACACGUAAAGAGGCCAAAAGUAUAUGUAUACAGGCUAAUGGGAAAAAAUGUUCACCACCAAUGACCCUACAUUAUGUUUCACCACCAUCAUGUUUUGGAAUCACACCAAAUACCUCCUGGAUCAGUGGUGGUCGCAGAAUUACUACGAUUGGUAGAAAUUUUAAUGUGGUGGACAGUGUGAUUAUUUCAGAUGACCAGAGAUCAAACUUCACCGUCUCUAGGCGUCCUGGAAAUGAAUCUGAAUAUCAUUACUUAACGCCAAGCCUGAGCCAUGCAACAGAGGGUAGAGUUGUUGAUAUGAUGUUAAAAGUGGAAACUACCUUUAUACCAUGUGUCAAAUUACACUAUCACCCUGACCCAGUGUUCAUUAACUACCAGCUGCACACUGAGCUGGAUCCUGAUCUGGAAUUAAAAAUAUAUGUAAGUUUGAAAGUAAUAAACUCUAAUUCCUUAUUUAAAAUAAAAGAAAAUGACAAGUUGAAUAUUUCUAAAACUGAGGUAGAGGUUUAUCUGUCAUAUAUGAAUGGUUCACAGACGGAAAAGAUAUGGUUCAGCGUCCAAAAUAUUACCAAAAAACCAGACCGUAGCACCAUACUGUGCAAAUUCAAAAGGGAAGGAACAGACAAGAUUGACUUUUCCACAGUGAAAGUUUUUUGUCAGAGGCAGGCUUUGCAGUCCAAGAUGAGCUCACUGCUGCUGAGCUCCAGGAGAGCAGUAGUUUGUCAGACCUCGGGCUGCAGCACGGACAUCACCGAUAAAGCAUCACUGGCUCCAGGAGAGCCCCUCAUCUUAGAUCUAACGUUUAGCAGUGAUUCUGAAGUGCGUGAGCCACUUGGCCAGCUGGAGGUCAAAUUAGGAAAUUUUGAGCAAGAAGUCAAACCAACAUCAUCACACAUAUAUUUAUAUGUUCUUAUUUUGCUACCUAUUGUAGUGGGCGUCAUUAUAGUGGCAUUCAUAGUUACUAGAUACAAAUCCAAAGAGUUAACUCGUAAACAGAGUCAGCAACUUGAACUGCUGGAAUAUGAGAUUCGGAAGGAAAUACGUGAGGGAUUUGCUGAACUGCAGAUGGAUGAAUUAGACGUGGUGGAUAGUUUUGGAACCGUUCCCUUCCUUGACUACAAACACUUUGCUCUUAGAACUUUCUUUCCAGAGUCAGGAGGCUUUGCAUCCAUCUUCAGUGAAGACAUGCCGCAGAGCAGAGACCAAACGAGCCAGGAUGAAAGCUUCAACAUGUUGCAUGCUUUAAUUUGUAACAAGAACUUUCUUGUUACUCUCAUUCACACCCUUGAAAAGCAGAAAAAUUUCUCUGUGAAAGACAGGUGCUUGUUUGCAUCCUUCUUGACUAUUGCACUACAGACUAAGCUAGUUUAUCUAACACAUAUUUUGGAAGUGUUGACAAAGGACUUGAUGGAGCAAUCAAGCAAUGUACAGCCUAAGCUCCUGCUCAGACGAACUGAAUCUGUGGUAGAAAAAUUGCUGACAAACUGGAUGUCUGUCUGCCUUUCUGGAUUUCUCCGGGAGACAAUUGGUGAACCUUUCUAUUUGCUAGUGACAACUCUCAAUCAGAGGAUAAACAAAGGACCUGUUGACGCGAUAACGUGCAAAGCCCUGUACACACUUAACGAAGACUGGCUGCUGUGGCAAGUGUCUGAAUUCAAAACAGUGGUACUGAACAUUAUCUUUGAAAAAAUCCCAGAAAAUGAGAGUGAAGAUGCCUGUCAAACUAUCCAAGUUAAUGUUCUGGACUGCGACACCAUAGGCCAAGCCAAGGAGAAGAGCCUUCAGGCUUUCCUUAAUAAGAAUGGCUUUCUCUAUGGUCUUCAGCUGGAUGAAAUUGGUCUUGAACUUGUGUCUGAAGAGCAGCAAAGAGAGUUGUUAGACAUUGAUGGUUCCUCAGAGGUGAUGGAGGAUGGGAUAAGGAAGCUAAAUACCAUCGGUCAUUACGAGAUUUCAAAUGGAGCAACCAUAAAAGUCUUUAAAAAGAAGGCAAAUACCCGAUCAGAUGUGGACUACUCAGAUGAACACUGUCAUUUGAUUUUACCAGACUCUGAAGCAAACAAAGAUGUGAAAGGAGCAGGUCACAAAGGAAAGCAAAAAUUCAAAGUGAAAGAAAUGUAUCUGACAAAGCUUCUGUCAACCAAGGUUGCAAUUCAUUCAGUUGUUGAAAAGCUCUUCAGGAGCAUUUGGAGUUUACCCAACAAUAAAGCACCUGUUGCCAUCAAGUACUUUUUUGACUUUCUGGAUGCCCAGGCUGAGAGCAAAAAAAUUACUGACCCUGAUGUGGUCCAUAUAUGGAAAACCAACAGUCUUCCUCUUCGCUUCUGGGUGAACAUACUGAAGAAUCCCCAAUUUGUCUUUGAUAUUAAGAAGACUUCACAUAUAGAUGGCUGUUUGUCUGUAAUCGCACAAGCUUUCAUGGAUGCCUUUUCUCUAACAGAACAGACACUGGGGAAGGAAGCACCAACAAAUAAACUUCUCUACGCUAAGGACAUUCCGCUCUACAAGAAGGAGGUGAAAGCGUACUAUAAAGCCAUCAGGGAUCUGCCUCCACUGACCACUUCAGAGGUUGAAGAAUUUCUAACUCAGGAAUCUAAGAAACAUGAAAAUGAAUUUAAUGAGAAAGUGGCCUUGUUUGAAAUCUACAGAUACAUAGUGAAAUAUUAUGAUGAGAUUGUCAGCAAACUCGAGCGAGAACGGGGGUUUGAAGAAGUCCAGAAACUCCAGCAAGUAAAAGCCUUAUUCGAUGAAAAGAAAAAAUGCAAAUGGCUUUGAGCAGAGCACUGACUCACGGCGUCACUGUGGGGGAUUUUAAAUAAGCGCUACUGCUCCC